GCUGUAUACUUACUCUCUAGUCUACCUGAUGGAAGAGAUUUGUGUAUGUGAGAGAGAGAGAGAGAGAGAGAGAGAGAGAGAGAGAGAGUAAAUGACGCACAGGUUUAUUUUCAUAUGGAGCUUUUGUGUGCGUUUACAACUAUCUAAGCAUCUGUCGAAAGUUACACGGGGCGGCAAAAGGAUAUUUUCUCUUCAAUGACAUGUGGAGAAAGAGCGUGUGUGAAGGCUGUAAUGAGCUCAUCCGGGACAGGUACCUGCUCCGCGUGCAGGACGGGCUGUGGCACGAGCGCUGCCUGCACUGCGCAUCAUGUCGCGAGCCUCUGAAAGACACCUGCUUCCUCCGCAACAAGACACUCUACUGCAAGCGAGACUACCAGAAGUUGUUUUUGGUACGGUGUAAGGGCUGCGCAGAGGUCAUCUCUCCGGCCGAGCUGGUGAUGCACGCAGGCACUGCGGUUUUCCACCUGCGGUGUUUCUGCUGCUGUGUGUGCGGCUGCAGGCUGCAGAAGGGAGACCGCUGUGUGCUCACAGGGGACAGGCUUUUCUGUGCCAGAGACUAUCACAACCAACUGGCCAGCCCGACCACCUCCGACUCAGGUAAAAGUGAAGAUGGUGAGGAGGAGGACGAUGAUGAAGACAACAUUAAGACCACAGGGGAGUCUAACACAAUAGAAGACAUGGAACACAAGAGACCUAAAAGGCCUCGUACCAUCCUCACAACACAGCAGAGACGUGCUUUCAAAGCUUCUUUUGAGGUCUCAUCCAAACCAUGUCGAAAGGUAAGGGAGACGCUGGCAGCAGAGACAGGAUUGAGCGUACGAGUCGUUCAGGUCUGGUUCCAGAACCAAAGAGCCAAGAUGAAAAAACUGGCAAGAAGGCAACAGCAGCAGAAGCAAAGUGUGUCCCCUCAGGAGAAAAGGGAUAGCCAAUCACAACACACUGCGCCCUCUUGUGGAGGUCUGCCUGCUGAGCUGGAGUGUGCAGGUUCAUAUUCACUUACCCAGCAGAAUAUCAGUCUAGACUCACAGAGCUUCAAGCUGGACCCCUUCAGACAAGGCCUCACUCCUCCUCAGAUGCCUGGAGACCACAUGCAUCCCUAUGGUUGUGACACACUCUAUAACGAUAGAGACAGUGACCCUCUGUGUCAUUUUGGAGACUGUAUGUCAUCUAGUGAAUCCUCCCUAUUAACACCCAUUGACCGGUUGUAUUCAAUGCAAGAUUCAUAUUUCACCUCUUGAGCAUCAUUCAGACCGCUUGGGAAAGAUAUACUGUAUGAGGAGGGAGUGCGUGUGUGUGUGUAUGUAUGCUUGUGUGUAUUCUGCUUAUGCAUGUUUUAGGGUAGAAAUGGUGGUGACUGUUGACAAUGAAAAUGCAUUGUGAUAAAAAUGUUCUUUGUGUAAUUUGUAUCUAUUAUUUUAUGUGUGUAACUGAAUUACAAUAAAAUGCUUACUG